UGCUGUCCAAGUUGUCAGCCCUGCCUGAGAUGAGACCUUGCUUGUUCUUUCCCUAAGAAAACGUCCCAUGGCACAUAGUGCACUUUAUGAACCUAGCUUCCUUUAGGACCCAGAGGAAAUCAUUUGCCCCGCGUCCAUUCCACGGGCCAGUUCCUGGUUUCAGGGGUAGGAAAGCCAUCACAGGUGAGGUGGCAUUGACACCGGUGCCUCGGGCCUAGGCCAGAAGCCCCUCGAACCCUGCUCUCAGGGCUUCCUCCCACACUGGAUCAUCAUGAAAUUGCACCGCAAGUCUGUGCUCAGUCUCUUCCAUGGGCAUAGAACACAGGCUCCGGACCAGGAGGGCAUCUUGCUAAAGAAGGGGACUAGAAACACCACCUAUCAGCGGCGUUGGUUUGUCCUCCGGGGAAACCUCCUCUUCUACCUCGAACACAAGGCAGACCACACACCCCUGGGCCUCAUCCUGUUGGAGAACUGCCAAGUGGAGCCCCACCUUAAGGCUGCAGAACCCUAUGCCUUUACCAUCCAGACUCCUGGGGUGGAAGGCACAAGGGGAAGGACCUACAAACUAGCUGCAGAAAACCAGGAAGAACUAGAAGCUUGGCUGUGUGCACUGGCUAGGGUGAGCUGGAGGCGGCUGGCUGCACUGCUACCAGCCCUGGAAGCCCAGUAUCAGGAGUUGUGCCAGGCAGCUGGCCAAGAGCCCAGCUCACCCCCAGAAGACAGUGGCUUUCUAGCUGCUCUCGCUGCUCCCUCCCACUUCCAGGAGUUGCAUGAGCGCAUUGGUAAGGAGAUCCGGGUGCUGCGGGCAGUACCUAGAGGGCUCCAGGAAGCCAGUGACAAUGCAGGCAGCAGCUCUCAGACAAAGCUGGAGCAGAAGUUCGACCAGUGUUUGUUGAUGACAGACUGAGAGUUGGACCAAGGGCCAAGAGCUACCACCUACCUACCUACCUGUUGAGAUCACAAACUGCUUUCAGAGACCAAGGCCCUGGCUUUUCCCCCUCCCUUCCUAGGCCUUCCCCAUAAGCC